UGAAGUAAUACAGCCGGCAGAUACUCUACUACUGUCUCUUCAAUACAGAAAUUAAUAAAGACAUUAAUUCAAAUAAUACAUUAUAACAAAUGCAUGUACUAGUACUUUGAUGCACAGGGAAUAAAAGUUUAGGGUUUGCGUUUCAAAAUUCAACAGGUUUUCUCCUUUUCUUUCCUUGAAAUUCUCCAAGCUCCACCUGCUGAUGAAAAAGGUGACACUAUAGACGAUUGCUUCUUUGAUGAUAAAUGUUGCAUUUUGAUGAUUGACAUACCAAAGAGAAGGUUACCCAGAAAUGGAGAUCAUCACAAUGUCUGAAAGUUCAAACACCAAUGUUCUUUCUGACCUGUGCAACAGUAACAUGGAUAUUGGCAUAAAGAAAUUUGGUGUCAUUGAUAGUUAUCCUUUACGCACUGCAUGCAAGCAGAAAUUUUCGCGUCAAGUUGCCGAGGAAAAAUCGACAGAAGUGUGUUCUAUUUGGCAGGCAGCUGUUGAAGACGCCAAAUGGCAUCCUUUCAGAACUAUCACCUCAAAUGGGGAAGUUAGAGCACAAAUGAUAGACAAAGAGGACAAGAAGCUCCAGCAGCUGAGGAAAGAGUGGGGAUAUGAAGUAUAUUUAGCUGUUGUUAUAGCCUUGACAGAAAACGAAGAGUAUAAUAUGAAGGGCAGAACCAUGACUCAUCAGCUUUGGAAUUUUGAGGAAGGUAGGAAAGCUACACUAAAAGAAGCCAUUUGUUUAAUGGGGAAAAAACUGGAGGCAAAGAUCAAAGAUACAGCAUUUGUCAAGGUGGAUCAGCUGAAGCCAGGAACCGAGGGCAGGAAUCUAAUUGUCAAGGUCCUAAGUACUGAGGUGGUGGUUGACAAGAGCCAAAACACCGAGCAGCAGUCCCAUUCACAUGUGUAUUAUUCUCAAUUGCGAAUCACACGUGUAGCUAAGAGCCUUGUUGGAGAUGAAACCGGAACUAUCAUAUUCACUUCUCGUAACGAACAAGUUGACUUGGUGGAGCCAGGUAGCAUUCUACUUCUUUAUGGUGCAAAAAUCCAAAUGUAUCGAGGUUUCAUGAGGUUAGCUGUAGAGCAUCGUGCACAAAUCAUAGUUGCAGAACCUGUUGAAUUUGUUGUAAAUGAAGAUUGCAAUAAGUCCUUGGAUGAGUAUGAGGUAAUCCCGAAAUAUUGAUAAUGAAGAAUGAGUUCCCCACUAUUCAUCACCUUAGACCUGCAGGAUGGCUCUGCCUUAAGAAUGCCUUGGUGUAUUAAAGUUACCAGUUUCGAAAAAAGAAUGCCUUGGUGUAUAUUUUUGGAUUUUCUUGGCACAGAAACUUACUGUAUCAGUUUAUUGCCCAAAUGUUACUCAAAUACAAAAAUUCAACAAGAAUUCUAGGUUUGAGUACUUGAAUUUGACAGUUCAAUGUAACCAGAAGAAUUGGAAUAGAAUAGAAGAGAAUAGAAGUUUAGAGAGAGAAUUUAUGAAUCUGUAUAUUGAUGAUUGGAAUCCUUCAAUUACAAUGCUUUAUAGUUGUUGAAUACAAUGAAAAUAUCUACUAACUACUUGACUAAUUACAGCUAAUUGACAGCUAAUGAAUCAGCUACUGAACUAACUUGAAACUGCUUAACUAACUUCUUCUAACCAACUGCUGACAUGGCCAACUAACUUUUAAAUGCUAACUGAUUCCUGGACUUCACUAACCAACUGCUGACAUGGCCAACUAACUUUUAAAUGCUAACUGAUUCCUGGACUUCACUUCUAACUACUAUAAUUCUGCUAUCAAUA